AAGAAAAAAAACCUCACUUCCCGGUGCCAAUCUCGAGUCUGAACAUCUGUGGGCUCAAUAGGCAAACGAGCCGAUUGUCUACUACUUUCAUCUGGAGGAGGAUCAAUAGAUCAUUAACAUGGAGCCGCGCUUGUUGGCAUUCAUCCUGUUUGGCCUUGGCACUUUGGACUUGAGCCUUGGAAUAACCGGGGCGGCCGAAGAGUUCUCGAAGCGUCUCAGUGCGGGCCAGGAUUUCCAUCAAAGUGGACAGAUUCAGGAUUUUGACUUUUCCAAAUUUUUCCCCGAUAUCGAGAAAACCCAUCCAGCUCCAUCGAAGCAUGAAUCCCGCGCUUUGCCCACUGAGGAAUCAGCAGACAUGUAUGGUGGUUAUUCAGCAUCACAGGGUCAGGCUUCAAUCGAAACCUACGACCAACUUGAAGACACGUUUAAAACAUCCCUCGAAUCUCAGCCUGAGGAGCGGCAAGCAUUUCAAAUUCCCAGCGAAUUUCAGUCCUUUGACGGACCCGCUGUGGAACCCGCAGCUCUGACCGCAGCCGAAGGCGGCUUUUUGUUGCCGUCGGAUUUCAAUCUGCCUGGACCUUUACCCGAAAGCGGUGGAUCCAUAUCCGGACCCGAAUUCUCGGUUCCUACUCAAUUUAGAGACACUGAAUCGUUUGAAGAGCCAGAGCAGUUACGAAAUCCGGGCCAAUUUGCUCUUCCACGUGAGGUGACGGGUGCGGGAAAUCUAAGCCCCCCAUUCGAUGGCUUCUCAGCGCCUUUUGGUUCGAGUAAUUCGUUCUUGAAUCUUCUCGGGAACUCAAACCUGGGAGCCUUUGGAGGCAGCAAUUUUGGCAAAAGAUUGGAUCGGAAAGGCAGCCAAGAGCAAUCCGAAGACCGAUCUCCGCCUGGUUUCUCCCGCGAACCCAAGAAGCGGUUCACUCUCCAGGACGAAAUCGACAUUGUGAAGAAAUAUCAAAAGAAACAAGCCCAAACGGCUUCACUCGUUGAAGACCUGAAACAAAGCCGACAAUCUCCAAAUACAUUUGACAGGUCAAACGGUUUUGGACCCAAAUUCGAAUUGUCGAAGUUCGAACGACCAAACGAGGAUCUUUCGGGUGCUCUUGACUCGUUUGAGCCUUCCUACGAGAAAUACGACUUCCAAGAGAACUUCCAAUCACGCUUUCAGGACCAGCCCGCCUACUCUUACGAAGAGCCGGAAAAUGAGCCUCCUAAAUCGAAUGAGUAUCGCACCGAGCCAAAGGUCAUUGACACGUUCGGCUUUGGGCCCAGACAUAACAAUCCGUCUAAUAAUAAUCCACAAUUCAGAACACCUAACAAACCUUCCAAUCAUUUCCAGUAUGACUAUGACCAAGAAGAAGAAGAAGAAGAACGAGAAGCAGCUGAACAACCGUCCCUCUAUCGCGGUUAUUCCAAUGAGCAGGAUUCAUUCAGAGAGGAGACAGAAGAGAAUCAGGCCCACUUGGGGGGAACUUCCGGGUUUGGGCCCGGAUAUGACUCAUUUGCACCGGAAUUCGAUUCAACGGAAAAUCCGGAGUCGUAUCAGGAUUACGAUCGACCAAAGCGAUUCAACCCAGUACGGGAACCAACCUAUUCUACCCGUGAUAGGGGGUUCGUUUCAACUUUCGACUCCCCCAACCCGUUUGGCGGGAGUUCCAUUGGGCUGUCACCACCCACCUUCGUAAACCCUCAAAAAACGGCCCAACAACUCACACCCAAGGAGGAUUAUCAAGGAACUCGAUCGUCAUUCGGCCAAGGUGGCGGAUUCCCAAGCGCUUACUUUGGAGGACAAUUCACUGAAGAGGAACUGGACGAACCAGUGGCUUACUCAUCCCCCCAAGAACCGUUCUUUACUCAGCAACGAGAAAAUUUUCCCCAAAGAUCCAGGGAACCCGAAUCUCGAAACCCAUUUCACUUUAGCCAACCUGCUUCAUCGGAAAAUUCAUUUUCAAGCUAUGCCCGAGAAGCCUCCAAAACAUAUCCCAGCUACAGAGAACCAGAUCAUUCCCAAACUUCUGGCUACGACUCAGACCACGCCUAUGAUGCCGUCCCCAACAGCUACGAAACCAAACUUGUCGACCUCAGAAGCAAAAUCUUUGACGGUCAGAAGUUCGACAAAUUUGGAUUUGCAGAGAAAUCGGGACCAGUCUAUCAAGAUGGCUUCAAGGACCGGAGUGGCGAAGAAGUAGAGUUCGUGGAAGACUCCUCGGACGAACCACGAGAACCCAGCAAGGCGAGUUCCGGUGCUGUUAACCCGGUGGAGUACUCGUUCCGCAGGUUUGCCGGAUAUCCCGGCUUUCCAGAGACCCUGGCUUCCACGACAGUUCUAGAUUCCAGAACCGAACCAGUAACCGAAAAAAUGCCCGCUGAGGUGCCAUAUACCCAUCAAGAAAAGACAGUCCGUUCCAAAGUGGAGUCAUCGCCCUAUGAGAGGCCGUCCACUUCAAAGCUCAAAGAAGAGACCGAACAUUUCCGGCCGCAAGAAUCAAAGGAAUCCUUCCAACACCAUUUUGAGGGAUUUAACUUUGGAUCUUCUGGUUACGAGAAAGCCGAGAAACAGGACGACACUUACAAGCAGCAACAGAGUAGUGAGGCAACUACCGAGCCAUUACCCUCGAUGGAGGAACACACGAGUGUGUACGAACACCGUGACAACCAUGGUAGCUUAGAAUCGUAUGAUGUUUCAAGAGAAACAAAUAAAAACUUCAAGUGGAAAAAAGAGGGAUCCAGCAAAAAGAAAUACGAUCAUAUUAAAAAGAAAUUCGAUCCAAGUCAAGAGAAGAAGCAUCAGAGUCCCUUCAAACUGAAGCAAAAGAGCUCCUUCAGGGAACCAACUAAGAGUGAGUCUUUUGAGACAGUUGACGUUGCGUUUGAUGCGUCCACUGCGCUUUCAAAUCCCACCAUAGCGCCUGAAAUGACCACACCUCAGCCAACAUUGGAUUAUCCCAACACCAAAUUUGUGGCACCCACUCCCGAGGAGGGCUUCAAACCGAUGGGUGGAUCAACCAAGAUUCUCGACACACUCCUUCAAGAGACAGUAACCAGCACCCCAUUGCCUCCUACCACUUAUGAGUACACAGAAAUCAGCUUUCGAGAACCAAUCACCUCCACGUUGGCCAAUGAGGAAGGUCACUCCCAACCGCCAUUCAGCACCACGAAACCUACAAAAGGCCCAAUCUACUACAAAUCAUUUAAACAGUCCUCAUCCACAUCCAAGGAAACGAUCCGAUCAUUUCCGUCAAAAAGCUCGGACGAAGAUGUCAUUGACGUACUUGCCGACUCCCAUCCACGUGCCCGACCCAAGAAAGAAAACCACAGUGGCGAAUUCAAUAAACCAUAUAGAAGAAGCUACAGUCAUAUGCAUAACGCGCCACCCGCCAGAGGAUCGCCCAAGAACAAAAAUCCUCCUCCAGUACCAAAACAACAGAAACCACAUCACCGCCCAAACUCUGACAAACAACAGAGACUGGUCCAGCAUCUGCAAUCACAACAGCAACAACAACAACAACAGGCUCAACUGUCAAGGCCACAAAAACCCAAUGGCCCAGUUCCCCGAAGACAACGAAUCAACCAAAACCAGAGGCUAAAAUCCAUGAUCAAGCAACAUUUGCCCAAACGCAGACCCAAUGGACAAAUUAGGGCCAACCUGCCUGGUGGUCUGACACUGAAUUGGCCUCCCAAGAACAAGAACAAAGGACCUGUGGCCAAAAAUAUGGCCAAAAACAUUAGAAGAGUGACUGAUCUAUUUUCAUCCAAAGACCGAGAUCAGCGAAAACCAAAGGCCAAUAUUCGCCAAGUCUCUGCAGUCGUUUUGCCAUACGUAGCCGGAGCUAUGGUCUCCUCUCCGCUUGUGGCAGCUAUCAUUUAAUUCAAUGAUCAACCCUUCCCGAUUCCGUAAUGUUCCAAUACUAUUUACAGUUCUAUCGUAUGUAAGUUUAACAGUACAAGUUUGAAAAGAUGUUCUGAUUGCGGAUCAAAAAAUAUCGAUCUACUGUAAAUAAGCGUUGUUGACCUCAGGAUAAAAUAUACUCUCUGCGAUGAGUUGACUCAUGA